UUAGGCGCGCAGUGUUGUUUUUUUGUCGGCCGGAGUUCAUUGUUAAAAAUUGUUAAUUUCGCAAAGCGGCGUAAUAUAGUGUUAUCCUAUUUUUAUUAAUUGAGCAGAAGCAGAGCACAAUGACGGACUCACUGGAGUACAACGACAUAAACGCCGAAGUGCGCGGUGUCUUGUCUUCCGGACGCUUAAAGCUGACCGAUCAGAACAUCAUCUUCAAGAACACAAAGACUGGCAAGGUGGAGCAGAUCUCGGCGGAUGACAUAGACCUUAUCAACUCGCAGAAGUUCGUGGGAACUUGGGGACUAAGGGUGUUUACCAAGAGCGGCCUGCUUCACCGCUUUACUGGAUUUCGCGACAGCGAGCACGAAAAACUGGGCAAGUUCAUCAAGGAUGCCUACUCGCAAGAAAUGGUCGAGAAAGAAAUGUGUGUUAAGGGCUGGAACUGGGGCACCGCCCGCUUUAUGGGCUCCGUCCUGAGCUUCGACAAGGAGUCGAAGACGAUAUUUGAGGUGCCCCUGUCGCAUGUUUCGCAGUGCGUCACCGGCAAAAACGAAGUCACCCUGGAAUUCCACCAGAACGACGAUGCACCAGUUGGCUUGUUAGAAAUGCGGUUCCACAUUCCCGCCGUAGAGUCUGCCGAGGAGGAUCCGGUGGACAAGUUCCACCAGAACGUGAUGAGCAAGGCUUCGGUCAUCUCGGCUUCGGGCGAGUCAAUUGCCAUAUUCAGAGAGAUCCAGAUCCUCACGCCUCGUGGUCGCUACGACAUCAAAAUCUUCUCCACCUUCUUCCAGCUCCACGGCAAGACAUUCGACUACAAGAUUCCCAUGGAUUCGGUUUUGCGGCUCUUCAUGCUGCCCCACAAGGACAGUCGACAGAUGUUCUUCGUGCUUUCGUUGGAUCCGCCCAUUAAGCAGGGACAGACCCGUUACCACUAUCUGGUCCUGCUGUUCGCUCCCGAUGAGGAGACCACCAUUGAGUUGCCCUUCUCCGAGGCCGAGUUGCGCGACAAGUACGAGGGCAAAUUGGAGAAGGAGAUAUCCGGACCGGUGUAUGAGGUAAUGGGAAAGGUGAUGAAGGUGCUAAUCGGUCGUAAGAUUACCGGACCUGGUAACUUUAUCGGACACUCUGGCACUGCGGCCGUGGGAUGCUCCUUUAAGGCCGCCGCUGGUUACCUGUAUCCCUUGGAGCGGGGAUUCAUUUAUAUCCACAAGCCACCUCUACAUAUCCGCUUUGAGGAAAUAAGUUCGGUGAACUUUGCGCGCAGCGGCGGUUCUACACGCUCAUUCGACUUUGAGGUUACACUCAAGAACGGAACCGUCCACAUAUUCUCAUCCAUCGAAAAAGAGGAGUACGCCAAGCUCUUUGAUUUUAUCACUCAGAAGAAGUUGCAUGUUAGCAACAUGGGCAAGGAUAAGAGCGGGUACAAGGAUGUUGACUUUGGCGACUCUGAUAACGAAAACGAGCCGGAUGCCUACCUGGCUCGUCUCAAGGCAGAGGCCAGAGAAAAGGAAGAGGACGACGACGAUGGUGAUGAUUCGGAUGAGGAGUCUACGGAUGAGGACUUCAAGCCCAACGAGAACGAGUCCGAUGUGGCCGAGGAGUACGACAGUAAUGUAGAGAGUGAUUCGGAUGAUGAUAGCGAUGCCAGCGGUGGAGGGGAUGGUGACAGCGAUGUCGCCAAAAAGAAGAAGGAGAAGAAGGCCGAGAGGAAAGAGAAAAAGGAGAAAAAACACAAGGAGAAGGAGCGAACUAAAAAAGCUUCCAAGAAAAAGGACACAGGCAAACCCAAGCGCGCUACCACUGCCUUCAUGCUCUGGCUGAACGACACGCGCGAGAGCAUCAAGAAGGAUAAUCCGGGCAUUAAGGUAACCGAGAUUGCCAAAAAGGGCGGCGAAAUGUGGAAGGAGCUGAAGGAUAAGUCCAAGUGGGAGGAGGCGGCUGCCAAGGAUAAGCAGCGGUACCAGGACGAGAUGCGCAACUAUAAGCCUGAAGCAGGCGGCAGUGACAACGAGAAGGGUGGAAAGGCCACAAAGAAACGCAAGUCAGAAGCUUCUCCAACCAAAAAAGCAAAUACCUCCGGCAGUGGCUUCAAGAGUAAGGAGUACAUUUCCGACGACGAUUCCACCAGCUCGGAUGACGAGAAGGACAAGUCCAAGGACAAUGAGCCUGCUAAGAAGAAGAGUAAACCCACAUCCGAUGGCGGUGCCAAAAAGAAAAACUCCAAGAGCGAUAGCGAAGCGGAGGAGAGUGAGGAGGCCAGCAAUGCUAGCGAUGAAGAUGAGGAGGAUGAGGAAGAUGAGGCCAGUGAUUAGGCCGAUAAACACAACACAAUUCCAUAAACACACCUCACACACCCAUGCCCCAAAUCUAGUUUACAUUCGCCUAGUUUAGUUAAGUGCUGCCUGUUGGAUACAGACUAAUAUGUUUUUUUUGUUUAAUUAAAACUCAACAACGAAUCGAAAGUUCGAGUAAUUAAACUGAAUUGAUAAUUGCCCAUAA